CGUAUGCAUCAGUAAUUGAAUUUAAGAGAGAGAGAGAGAGAGAGAGAGAGAGAGAGAGAGAGAGAGGUAAGAGCGAGAAAGAGAAACAAAGGUCAAAGCGAAGCAGUUGUAGUAUGGGCAUAGGGGUCAUGAUUUAGAGAGAGGAUGUGGUAUUUUUUUUCCAAUAUCAAGAAUUUCAGAAAGCUCGUGAAGUGUUUUUUUUUUUUUUUUUUUUGAUGUUUUUAAAAAACGACUUUUAGUUUUAGGGAAGUGUUUUUUUGUUUUUUUAUAUAAUUUUUGCUUUGGCAGUGUGGACGAGAGAGAGAGAGAGAGAGAGAGAGAGAGCAGUAGGCAUAGCAGCAGGCAGGUAUUAUCAGACUCCUUGAGGGAAUUUACAGAACCUCUCAGCUUCGUCUUUUCCUUUUCUCGUGAUCUUUUCUCUCUCCAUAAUCUCUCUUUCUCUCUAUAUUUCUAUGUGCUUAAAAAAAUUGUCCUUUUUAAAGGCUGUUGUUUGUGCGUGUUUUGCUGCUCCAAACCUUAUAAUAGACAAGAGUUUCCAACUGGGUUCUUAUUUUUUAGAGCUAGUUUAAAGGAAAGGAAAAGUUUUUUCUUCUAGAAGGCGGACCAAGAGGAUCGAGCUUUGUUUUUUGUUUGUUUGAGUGAAAGAUAGAACGUAAUAGAGAUCAUAGAUAGAGAUAGCGAAGAAGAAGAAGACAUGACGAGUUGUGGAAGAAAUGGAGCUGUAAGGCAGUAUAUACGAUCGAAAGUGCCUCGUCUGAGAUGGACUCCUGAGCUUCAUCACUGUUUUGUGCAUGCCAUUGAGAGGCUUGGAGGCCAUAAAAAGGCAACGCCGAAACUUGUUCUUCAGUUGAUGGAUGUAAAAGGACUAACCAUUUCACAUGUCAAAAGCCAUCUCCAGAUGUAUAGAAGCAUGAGGGGUGACUUGGGCAGGCAAGAUAGGAAUUCUACGCAACAAAGAAAACAAUCUUUUGAAGAGAAUGAUGAUGGGUGUGUUGACGAAGUAGUAAAUGGUGUUGGUUUUCACCAAUCUUCAAAACCCAUCAGAGAAUCAGAUUCUCAGCUCAUCUACAGUACUCCCCUCCCUUCAAAAAGAGCUAGGAUCGAGACGACAAGUUCAAUCUCAGAGAGCCUGCAAUGCAGCCAAAGAAUAUGUGAGACAGUCACUAAUCCGUACACUUUUGAUGAUUAUCUGGUGGCAAUGGGUGAGCAUAAUAAGGGAAUAAAGGAGGCUCCUCAUUCCACAGCCUUCUCUCUGCCACAACAUCUCUACAACCUCAACCCUUUCAAAUACGCUGUGCAAGAAUCUGAUUUCUUGAAGGUUAACAAGCUAAGAGAUCAAAACCAUGAACCAGAAUGGAGAUGUAACAAUGAGACUACCACUAGGGCAGAAGCUGAAGAUGGCGAAGCUGGCCGGUGCGAGUUGUCAUUGUCACUGUCUUUGCAUCACCCCUCAUCUCAUAGGAGUAAUGCAUCCUCGAGCGAAGUGAGCGAGGCAAUCUCAUCCUACUCUAAGUCCAAUUACAAGGAUUGCUCAAGCUUCUCAUCAGGGAAACGGAGUAUCAAUUUAGAUCUUUCUAUCACUCUUUGUGGUAACUGACCUAUAUCUUUGUAGAAAAAUCAUUUGUGUAAUCCUUUGUGGCUACAAACUCGUACCAUAUUUCUUUGUUCUUUUCUAUCUAAAUUUGGUAAUAGUUAUUCCUUCUCAAUUUCUUGUCUAGUAUUAAGAUCCACUUAUAUUUGUCUAGUCUUAUUGUUUUGUUAGGUCAUAUUAGUUUUUAAUAUAUGAUCGAUAUUUGUAAAUGAGAAAUGGGAUUAUAUUUAUGAAUUUAAUGUAUUCUAAGCAGUGAAUUAAUCCCGUUUA